CAGCCCAACUGCAAACAUAAUGCAGUAUGUGUAAUUUUAGAUAUACAGUAGAUGUAUACGUAUUGUGAUAUGGUACAUUUUCUGGCAAAUAAAUUGAGGUCAGAGGUCAAGGGACCCCCUUUGAAAAUGGCCAUGACAGUUUUUCCUCGCCAAAAUUUAGUUUGGAGCUUGUUUAUUAUCGCGGUAACUUUGACAGCCCUAUAUUUUAUACAUUUUUACUAACAAUCUAUACAUGCAAAUGUCUGUUUUAAGUUAAGGGUUCAUCUGAAGAACACCUGUAGGGAGUUAAUAAAAUGUAAAGUCAGUUUGAGCUUGUGUGCAUCAUCUUUGGACAGCCCCUCUCACAGUAUAGGCUGCAUCUCCACCUCUCUCUGCUCCACUAUACGAUGCAUUUACAGACCUCCCCUGCCCGGGUGGUGUGGGGUGUGGGGUGUGGGGUGUGGGGUGUAUGGUAUGGGGGGCUGGCCCCUGCUGAUUCAGAGGUUAGGAAUUUGCAUCUGAUUACUGUUUGUCAACCAAUGAUGUGACUGUGCAGGCUGGAGAGUCUCUCCACGCCUCUCUCUGCUCUGCUCUGUCUGACUGACUGACUGAACGGUGUGCGGGGCUUCUCUCUCACACCGACACUCAAACUCUCUCAAACACACAGUUACACGCAAAAGAACAGAUGCGUGGAUAUCACGCACUCACAUGAAACCACUUUAUUUCUAGCUUGGUAAACACACGAGCCACCUCUCCUCUUCCUCUUUCUGGUGUUUCUCUGUGUGUUAAUCGGAGGAGGGGGAGACAGACUGGAUUCAGAGACACGGGAGGAAAACAGGAAUGUUUCUUCCGGUUCCAAAGAGUAUAAAACCCGAACGGAAGCCGAUGUGGUCUUUGUAGUCUGUCAGCGUACUCUCAUCCUCCUACCUUUGCUUCCGCUACUUGUGCCUCAUUGAACGCUGUGCGACUCGGCUCUGCUGCCGGCUUUGGUUUCCCUCAACUGCAGGAAAAACCAUUGAGACAAGAGAGAGGCCUCCGUCUCCAGAACUGCAGCCGACCUUUCUCAGAGCUCUGACCGACCCCCCCUCCUUCCAUUACAUAACCAUAACCUCCAAACCUCCAGCAAGCUGCUAGCUGCUUCACCACAGACACGGUUGGCAAUCGCUCUUCCUGGGCAGAAGGAUCGACCAUCAUCCCCGGACUGGUGCUCCUUCAGUGGGGGAGGCGAGGGGAAGGAAGGCAGCUGAACGCCGUGCCGCUUUCCCCGGAGAUGAAGCUGCAGGCUGUCAUGGAGAACCUGCACAGGCAGCAGAGGGCCAAGCUGCUGAUAGAGCAGCAGCUACAGCAGCAAGCCGCCGCCCAACACACUCAGGUCCGCACGAUCGUUGGAGGAGGGGAUGAGCCGAUGGGGAGCCCGGCCCCUGAGGCGGAGCAGGCCCAGAUGGCGGCGCUGGCAGCCAUGCGUGCCGUGGCGGCCGGGCUGCAGAGGGUGUCGGACAGCCCCAUGUCGGAUCGCAGCAGCGGCGGCGAGGACGAAGGGGAUGAUGAUGACAAUGAAGACAGGGAGGAGCAUUACAAGGACAUGAUGGGGUCAGAUGAGGAGGAGCAGAUCAAACAGAAAUGGGACGAGGAAGACUUUGAAGGCGAGAUGGAAGAAGACUUUGACGACGACCUGGCGGAGGAGGGUCUGCCGACGGGCCACGACGCGGUGGCUCCCGGGAAGGGCAUCCUCCUGCUGCCCCACCGUCAGCUACACCCCCACUCCCAGCUGCUGAAGGCCCGACCCAGUGUCGACCAGGAGCCCCGCGUAGCCGUCCUGCCUACCCACGCCACGCACAGCCAUGUGGGCGGGCAGGACCACGGAGAGUGGACCUACGAGGAGCAGUUCAGACAGCUGUAUGAACUGGAUAGAGACCCAAAGAGAAAAGAGUUUCUAGAUGACCUCUUCAGCUUCAUGCAAAAAAGAGGAACCCCAGUGAAUCGUAUUCCCAUCAUGGCCAAGCAGGUCCUGGAUCUGUACAUGCUCUACAGGCUGGUGACGGAGAAGGGCGGCCUGGUGGAGGUCAUCAACAAGAAGCUGUGGAGGGAGAUCACCAAGGGACUCAACCUGCCUACCUCAAUCACCAGUGCAGCCUUCACCCUCCGCACACAAUACAUGAAGUACCUGUACCCAUACGAAUGUGAUAAGAGGUCUCUGAGCAACCCCAACGAGCUCCAGGCAGCCAUCGAUAGUAAUCGGCGGGAAGGCCGACGACAGAGCUUUGGCAGCUCCCUCUUCACCUACUCGCCCAACGGUACACCCACCAUGCUCUCCUCGCCGAAGCUCCCCUCAGCCAGUGUGGGCCUGACGAUGGGCACCAACGGGGCUUCGCUGACCCCCAUCCAGAAGAUCAAGAAAGAAGAGGAGGGAGGCCAUACGAUGCCGGGGUUCGGUAUGACUCGCCUGCCGGCCGGGGCCAUGGCCGGUCACUCGUUGGCUGCUGUGCAGGCGGCGGCAGCAGCUCAGACAGCGAUGGCAGCUCAGAUGGCGGCGCUGGAGCAGCUGAGGGAGAAACUGGAGGCCGGCGAGCCACCAGAGAAGAAAAUGGCGCUGCCAGCCGAGGAUCACCACCGACUGCUGCAGAGAGCACUGCAACACAACCUGCUGGCCAUGACCGCUCAGUUACCCAUGAACAUCCGCAUCAAUAACCAAGACAGCAGGCAGGACUCGGCCCUGAACCUCACCACCAACGGCACAAGCAGCAUCAGCAUGUCAGUGGAGCUCAACGGAGUGGUGUACACUGGUGUUCUUUUUGCUCAAGCAGCAGCAGGGUCGGCUUUGUCCGGUGCGGUCGGAUCGUCCGCCUCCAACAAGACGGUCAGCAGUCGUGUCGCUCCACAGCAGCAGCAACAGAACAUACCUACCUCAACCUCAACCUCCAGCAACCCGUUGUCUUAACAAACCCCCAGCCUUUUCCCCUUUAUUUUUUUUUUUAAUUACCACGCUAAGUAAAGCCAAAAAUCAACCUCAUUUUCUACAUAAUCUAUGCCAAAAAGAGAAGAACCAUAAACUGUACAGAAAGACACAAACUGAAACUCAGAUCACUUGAAGUACACUAUCUCAGGUUUUCUCUCAUUAACUCACCUCUUUUGUUCUUCAUAGCCAAAAUGAUUUCGGAAAAAAAAAAAAAAAAGAACAUCUCAACCGAGAGCCAGUAUAUGCUAAACAAAUAUGUAUGCACAACCUGUGAAUUAUUUAUUUCUGCAUAAAUGUACAGACAGAAUAUCGGAGAACAAAAGAGAAGGUAAUAACUAGGAAGGGUAAUAAUGCACUGUUUACACACACAAACACAGCUACUGAUUGACAGCGAUGUUCUCUCCUCUAGGGGAGGGAUUCUUUUUUAAUUUUAUUUUACCUUUUCAUUGUCAUUAUUGUUAUUCUCUUUACUGUGUUUUAUCAUUUAAAUCUUUAACAAUCCUCUCACUGCAGGAAAAAAAAUUAUAUAUUUAGAAUUCUAUAAAAAAAAAAUAUGAAUAUCCUCUAUUUUUAAUCAGAAAAGCUUUAAAGGUAUAUGUUGUUUCGUCAGGGCAUAUAACAAAGUACCGUUGUGACCUCAUUUUAUGUAAAACCUUAUUCACAUGACAGGCGUUUUGGAUUUGGAAGAGUCCCGUUUUGUACCGAGAUACACAUCUUAUCAACGCCACAGAUUCUCCAGUGAAACACAGAUGUGAAACAACUGGAUCUCAAGAAUAUUGGUUGGCUUUUUCACACAUUUGAUCCAUUAUUGAUCGCUACCAGAGUCUCGGGGGUAGCUAAUUAGCUGGAAUGCUACUUAGCUGAUGAAUUCAAGCAGUCGUUGUGGUUCUUCUUCCUGAGACAGCUGGCUCAUUUUUAUCUAAAAUCCUCUCCUGCUUGUUGACAUAAGGCCAGUUCAAUGUAUAUCUGUGCCAAUCUUGCAGGUAGUUUGUCAAGCUUAGUGUUCAAAAUGGCUGUUUUGUUAGAGUAAGGUCAGUUUAGCAGGUGGGAAAAUGAACUUCCCCACCCCCUUGCUGCACCUCAACACGCUGGACUUUCUGAGCCUCGGCGGCGUCCACACCGACCGUUGCUGCUCGGGGUUCAGAUUGUAGGUGAAUAAUAUACGUUUUCGAUUGUUCUCAGGUGUCCGUCAGCUCAUCGCUUUGUACAAUAUCUUGACAGAGCAGUGCUUUUCAACAUCUUUCUCUGCGGAAAGAUCAAUUUUCAUCUUUUUUUUUUUUUCUCUAUCUUGGCCUUCUACUGGAGUGAUUGUCUUCAGGUCAGACGCACGCCUGUAUUUGUAGAUAAAGCCCUUCAGCAAUCAGGAGUGAGGCAGGAAAACUGUGAUUUCCUGUCUUAAAUACACAGGACUCGAGUAUCCACUAAAUCCUUGUCAUUGUGGAGACGCUCACACGGACAAUCAGGUGUCAGGAGACGCUAAACUUGACAGUUAUUUCAGCUCAUAUCUGACGUUUUUUUUUUUUUUUGUAUUAUAGAUUACAGAUGCUUAUAUUUUUUGUUUCAGCUUUGUGUUUUGCAUGACUUAGUGCUUCUUCUGAUCCAAGUGCUUCUUAUCCUGUGCCGGGACAAGGAUCGGGUCUCCUUGAGACCAGCUGUCAAGGAUACAACAGAGAAUGUCUUGUGAUCCUCUGACUGUUUUUAGAUGUUUUUGCUUAAGGGAGGGGCUUUUGACAAUGUGAUCUCAGAGGUAAUCGUAGCUGCGGCUGAGCGCUCGCUUGUGUCUUGUACGAACACUCGCUGCAGUUGGAUGUAUAGAAGGUUAAAUCUGCCACGGUGGAGAUACCAUAUCGUUCAUGUGUAGUUGUGUUUCUGCAUUUUGAAGUAGAUCAAUCACUCAGCUUUUUGAACUUUAACCUGUGUUACCUCUCUGGACUGUUAAAGAUUGUUACUCAACCCCCCGACCCCCCCGCUACGCAAAGCAGCCUCGUUCCUACUGACGUUAGGAAGUAAAUCAGGCUUUGUAUGUGGGUUCUGUUCUGAGGCCUUAACACAGCAUGAGUUGACCAGAGGGCCAGCAGUACCUCCGUCUAAUCAGUUUUUACUGUUCCAGUCAAAUAUCACCAGAUGGCUUUCGCGGCUUUGAUUCUGGACUCGCCUCUCGGUGGGAAAUCACCACCAGCUGCUACGCAAACACUGGUCAGUUUUGAAAAGUACUCUUUAUACUCAGACAGCCAACAACUCUCGUCCAAAGACACGUAUAAUCAUUAAUAAAUGCUGUUCUUAAAGUUUUGUAAAAUAGUGAGGAGUGAACUGUCCAGCUUCACUUGUUUUAUUACUGCUGUUGUUGGAUUUUAAAAGUUUGUCAGAGGCAGAAGCAGAGACAGGAUCUCAUUGGCUGAGUUACAUCUCAUUGAAGCAGAAAACCGCAGUUGUUUCCAUAGUAACGAAAGAGGAAUUCCUGUCAAAAUAUUAACAGAACUUCAAAUACGUAUUAUAAUGUAUUUUUAGAUGAGAAGCAGUUAAUGAAACCAGUUUUUUUAAUUCACAAACAAACCCACUUACUCACAUUCAACAGGCAGCUGAUUCUCCACAAGGGGGGCGCUGCCGGGUCAUUGUCAAACCUGUUCGAUGCAUGACAACCUGCGCCACCUACAGGCAAGAAAAGCAGCCUAAUGGUACAUUUCCACAGCCUCCAUCCUUGCCACAGUUCCCAUUCAUAAUCUAUUUUAAGCAGCCGUGCAAUGCAUCCUGGUAGUGUGGUGACGCAAAUCGAGAGACGGGGCGCCACGUUGGCCGCUCCUCAUUUGCAUAAAGUUGAGGUCAAGGCUAUCAGGGGCAUCCGGCGCAACUCGCCGCCCCUGGAAACUCCUGAGAAACUUUUAAACUAACCGUUUGUCGAUCCAAAAUAAAGAAAGAUUCAGCAACUGCAUGACUUAUGUCUCGCAUAAAAUGUUUUCAGAAACACAAACUAGCCGGCAUGUUGUUUCUGAUUUGAGAGCAGUAGCCCACGAGGGAAAGCGUUCGUCCAAUCAGGUGCCUUGUGUCUAAUGGCAGCCCAUCAAGCGUCCAGUACUGGGAAGCGAGGCGAUCCCUUGCGAUAAAAAAACGCCCCUGUAGACAUGUACCAUAACCGUGGAAAGAUGGAGUCCGUACACACAAACAUGCACACACACUACACAUGGCCGCGCCAAAGGACGCUGGGGCCGUCACACUAUGAAUAGAUAAAUAAUAAUGGAGAAUUAUCGCGUCUAAAUAACCUUCAGCGGUCAUUAAGCACUCUUGUGUCAGCUUGUGGAUGUACAACACCAACUCUUUUUCUUUAACCUUGAGCUUUCUCAGGCACUUAUUAGGUUUUUAGAUCAAACACUCAACACAAAAAUACAGAUCUUUGUCAAAUGCGUUAACAAAGCUUUUUUUGCUGGUUUAAAAUAGUUAAUGCAAAACCUCAAACACUCACAAACAGCAGUUCUAAAAGGGAAAGUUGUAACAGUUGUUAUCUGCAGGUGGCACACAAAACUGCAACAGAUAUUACUUUCCUGACCUAAAGUUGGCACAGGUUGACUGCUGCUGCUGUUGUGGCUCUAUACCUGGAUAAAGCAGCAAACAACGUAGCAGGACUAGACUGCAUGGUUGUCCCUUCAUUAGCGUUCUUCUACCUCUGUAUAAUCUCACUGAAUAGCAGUAUAAUGCUUCUCACAAACAGCAGCUCUUUGGCUCUGACCGUUAAACUCGACCAAUGAAAUUGUUUUUGUGUCUGAGAAACAUUUGCAGAAGUUUUUUUUUACAGAUCUAGAAGAGAUGCAGAUAGUAACAUACAUUGUUUGCACGAUGAAUUUAGUUAUUUGGGGAAGAGCUGGUUGUUUUGCAGAUGUUGCGUCAGUCCAGCAGACUCAUCAACCAUUAUGUUUGAUUAUUUAUCAGGUUCUCAGUGCAGUUUUAACUCUGUUUUCUUUCCCUCCAAAAAUAUACAUUUGAUAGCAUAAUAUUUUUUAUGAUAAAGUAUGAUGUCAGAAAGUCAGAUUAUGGUUUUAACUCAGUUCUGAGCAAAUGUGUAGUUACAGCAUUUUGCAUAUGUAGAGCAGAAUAGUCUCUACAGUAUUGGUGGUAUAUAUAUACUAAUGUAUAGGUAUAUAGGCCAUAUAUGACAAAAAGACCCCGGGUGAAAAAUUAAUUAUAGCGUCGUCUUUCUCCUUGAUUCCUCUGUGGAAGCAGCUGUGACUUUCAGAAAUGACAGUGUAAAAGGAUGUUUGGUGGUGUACAGGAAGCCCAACAUCUCUCUUUCUGCAUGAGUAGCAGAUGUCACAGUUGCUGGUUAAUGGCUGAUAAAUCAAAUAGAGACACGCUGUGCCUGAAAGCAUUAGUUUGGGGGGAGGGCUGCUGGAGAAAGCAAAAUUCAAUCAAUACCGAUCUAAAGGAUCAACAUUGCUUCUUUAGAUUUGACCCUGUGACCUUUUGGCAUCUGAGGCAACAUUCAAGCACCUGCCCCCUUCAAUGGAUCCAUGUUUAUCGUGUAUAUAUCUAUCGACCAGCUCUGUGAGAUAUUUGCAUUUGAACAGCGGAGGUACUGCAGCUCUCUCGCUCUCUUACAGUACGUGCACGGCGGCAUCUUCAGGGAAGCUUUUUAAUUGCGUGGUAGCGACAAUCAGCAGGCGUUAAGACAACACUGUAUACCUCCAAACACUCUGACAUCCCUUCAACCACAAUCGAACCCUGUUUCUACCUCAAGAACUCAUAAAGCUUUGGCAGAUUUCUUUGCUUCAGCUGCAACAGACUUGUGUUCAAGGAGGGAAACCUCAUCAAAAUGUUGUUGAUGCUGAUUCAUAAAGACUUUGAAAGAGAUUGUAAUGACCACAGACAAUCAGAUAUCACCUUUGGUUAUGCAAGGGGAACCCGUGAUGUCACUGAGGGUUCAGUUCAAGCUUCAAACGUCUUUACUAAGAGCGCCCCUCAGUGGAAGGUUUUUGUUAUGACGCACAAUCAGUUCAGAUUUCCUAAAUGGAAAAGAGCCAAGGCUGCAAAGAUUCAGUGUGACAUUUUCAGUGUUCAUAUCCUGUGUCUCCAGAGUGUUUUCCUCGUUGAGGUGACGAAGCCUCUUUAGAUCAUCACGGGACGCUAAAAUGCUCCACUGAAACCAGACUCAAGCUCCGUUAGAGGCAUUCAAUCAAUAAUCCAACAUCCUGUCUUGCUUGUUUCUUUGUAGCUGUGAUCAGGCAGGUUCAUCUAUAUUUUAAGAAACAUUGGAGCUGUGAAAACUGUAUCAGUCUUAACUCUGUAUGAGAACACAGGUUGUUCUGAGUUUUGAAAAGAAUUUCCAGCAGGUUUUUGGUUCAGAAAGGUGUUUUUUUUCCAAAUGCUACCAGCUGCUUUUUAUGUGUCUGUGUAGCUGCUUUGUUUUCAUCAUUAGAUUAGACUUUGCGUCUUGCUUCUUUUUUUUUGUCAAAGUUACAUUAUUGUUGUGUGGUAAUGCAGUUUUAAAGCUUGGGUUGAUUUAAAAAGUCUGCUUGUUUGGUGCAUUCAUGUGCUGUUGUACAGAUCUGACACAUUUUCAUCACAUUCUUAAUGCAUUUUGUUUGUCUUGGAGUUUGAUUUCCCCGACAAGGACGGUAGUAAACGCAGUGCUAUUUAGGGGCUGACUCCCAAUCAGCACAACCCCUCUGAGUCUCUUGUGGUUGGCUUGCUCGCUAUGUGUUAUAACUUUCAAGUGUUUCACCUUGAAUUAUUGCUGCUUUUACUCCCACCAGAGCCGUAGCUAAAGAAACCUGACGAGAUCCAGAGUGUUUUGCAUGGAAAAUUGACUCAAACUCCUGUUCACAUGUUGCCGACAUGGAAAUUCUGCUGGAACAUUUACGGGUUAAGGUGCAUGUGGGGUUUUAGGGGCUUUUGACUGAACUUCACCACUGACUUUCCCUCCAUCAGGGGGACUGUGGACAAGGAAAAUAACAAGAUGCCUUCUGCUGUGACAAUUGUUGUAUGAAUUAACCUGUAUUACAAAGAUUCAUUAAAUAAUGGCUUUUUAGGGCUAUGAAUUAUACCAUGUUCAUAAUGUUUUUUCGCUCUUUCUUUGCUUUUUUUUGUGAAUAUGCUGUAGCAACCGCCGGCACACAGAUUUACAUUUAGAGCAGAUUUAUUAAUAUAGCGAUAAUGAUGAUUUAAUAAUGUGAUUAUUUUACGGAAGCAUGUGAUGUGCGUGUGGGCUUCAUGUGUCUUCAAGAUAAUUUCAGAACUGAAACAAGGCUCUUGUCUCUUACAACUUCUCAGGAAAAUCUACCUCUACCUCCAGUUUGAUGCAUUUGACCCAGUUACAGUUUAGUGGGUACACAAAGAGGGCGUGAGAGUGGGCACCAGGGUCUGAAAUUUGCUCCAACGUACCAGUAUAGUACUUAAAGAUUAGUUACAAUCACGUGAGGUUGUAUUGAAAACAAGUAUUGUGGUGUAUUUAUAUCAUUAUCUUGGCUGGAAACAAAUAAACUCUCAGCAGAUAUAUUUAUCACCCUGGUAGGUGACUGAGAAGUUUAUUUUGGACUCUGGUUCGUCUUCCUCCGCCUCUCUGUUUCUCUCUCUGUGUUACAGCUUCGUAACGCUUCUGCUGUUUAGUUUAUUUGAGCAUCAACAGGGAACCUCCAGCUCAACAGCUAACUACUACUCAGUACUACAACAAGUACUGCUUCUAGUACCACUGUUAGUACUACGAGUCAUUUUUCAGUCUGUUCUAUUAAUGUGUGCUUAUUCCUCCUUUUUCUAUAAAUGAUUACUUUUUUUUAAUGAAUGGGAUGUCUCCUGGUAACCACGGUAACAGUGAAGUGGCGGUGGAUAAUGCAACUGUUUUUUUUUUUUGUUUUCUUUGUUUUUGAAGGGUGAAGAGCUAUUCUUGCCUAUUUACUCAAUAUGUGUUUGUGUGAAUACUUUUAUUUUGAAUCUGAAAUUAAUAAAAUAUCAUCUUUCUUAAAUGUCAA